UGUAACGCGAAGAAAUCAGGACUAGGGUUACCGUCGACGGCUGUGGGCUUGCAGGCAGGUCAUCCAUGGCUACCAGGAAGGAGCUCGAUGCGUUGGAGAGGACGUUUCAAGAGAACUCUUUAGAUCCGGAGGAGGACGAAGACGACGAGAAGAUGCGCUGCGUGCUGCCCUUGUUCUAUGAUAGCAAAGAGGAGGUGUGCGCGGAGAUUGCGGCGACGGCGGCGGCGGCGGCUGAGAGGCGGCGGCGGGAGGCCGAGGAGAAGGCACGAGAGGCGGAGGAGGAGAAGCGGCGGGCGGAGGAGAGGAAACGGCUGAAGGAGGAGGCCGUCUGGAGGCGAAAGAAACACGAAGAGGUCGUCAAUUCGAUCCGCCAGUACAAUACCAAGACCAAGCGCGUGGAGUACAUCCGGUUCCCCUUCGCGGAUUUCUCCAAGUUCAACCUCAACGAGAUAUCGCCUAUACUUGCCAUGAGAAACACUGGCAAGCAGAUACACGAUCGUGCAUAUUUUAAUUCUAUAAAUGUAUUAUCGGUCAAGAUAGUUUCCUCAGACAAAGGCUUCCCGCUUAAUGUAUAUGGCAAUAUUAUUCUUAGAGACAACCUCGACAAGAAGUGCAUUUAUCUCUUCUACCGCCCGACCAGAAGGGAUUCUGAGCUCAUUAAUUCAGAGGAUCAAUCAUUGAUCUUAACUGGCCCAAGUCGAGGACUUGUCCUAACGGACUAUAUUUAUAUUGAGGUCGAUCUUAAGAUGAAGCUUGGCCAAGGGAAGGAUAAACAACUUAGCAUAGGAUUGCUUGACAUUGAUGGCCGAGUGGCUCCUCGGGUGCCCACGACUGAGGUUCAGUGCUGCACCCUUGAGAGCAGCCUCAGCACCGUGGAGGUGAGAUAUGCACUAGUUAAAGAAGCAACGGAGGCUACUGUGGAAUUUCAAGUUCUCAAGGGAGAUUUCAAGGGUAAAAUCACAGCUCACACCACAAGAAUUCAUGAUAGGAUGUUGCUUCAUGAUAGCAGAGCUUGUGGUGCGGUGACCUCUUCUGAUGGUAGUCGAGUUAUCGAACUGUUGCGUCGUGUCCUAGCUGUCUGUGUGGAUGAGGUGCUGUUUAUUUCAGCUGAACCUGAAGGUGUGGAUACCCUUGUUAAGAAAUUUACUCCAUCCCUCAGUGGUUCCCAGAGUGAUGUAUUUGAUUGGGGUGCCGUUAAGUUAGGUGUGAAGGUAACUUGGUCCGUAAUAAGUUUCUAGAUUGGAUUUUAUCUGUACAGUUCAGGGAUGUAAUACUGGUAUGUGCCCUCUACUGUUAUGCACUGUAUGUUGAACCACAAAUCAUAUGUUGUUACUGACUGGUCUGGGUCUCUAAUUAGACUUUUAUUUAUUGAUGUUGCCUCUUAGCUUUUCA